AAAAAGUAAAAUCGUGUGUGUGAAAUUAAUUGGAGUGUUUGUGAUUCUAAAUAUUUACGUAAAAUGUUGAUUUAGUUAGUUUAAAUGUUGUGUGUAAUCUCGGAUAAGGAAUGACUUUGGCUUGAAUAAAAUGGUCUUUUGGGACUUUGUAGAAAUUAAGUCUUGGCUGCAAUAUUUUGGUUUGUGAUCACAAAAAACUAUCACCAUGGAAGACAAACAGCAGGAUAAAUGGCAGGCUUUAGCGACGAUCAAGGCUUUCGAUUUGGGUAUAAACCGCACCAGUCACCAUGACUCCGUGUUCCACCAGAGCAUCCAGCAGAUCGACCUCAUCAACUCCACCACCACGACCCCCAUCAGCCUGCUCGUGCAGUCCCUCGUCAAGCAACUAUGUUCGCUCCUCGAGAAAGACAACCUCAGGGCCAACCAGCUCUACAACACCAUCUGCGAGAAGCUGCACAGCAUGAACCUCAUCGACGACUCCUACGCGAUGGGAGAGUUCGAAGCCAUGAGGAGUCAGUACCAGAGGGCUUUGUACCAACUUGUAGCAGUCGCCAGUGGUUCCGAAAUACCAAUAACUCUCCCAGCCACUUGGCCCAUUGUCCAACCAUCAGGCCUCGAGUGGUCCCGAUACCAUCGUGAAUUCGAAGAGCUGUUUUUCAUAGCUGGCGGCGGUUUUGGUAGCGUCUUCAAAGCUAGGCACAGAUUAGACGGCGUCGAAUAUGCUGUUAAGAAAGUGUUCAUCAAGUCCUCAGAUGUUAACUCGAUCAUGACACAUUUGGCAGAAGUCAAAACUAUCGCAAGCCUCAACCAUCCUAAUAUAGUUAACUACAAAGCCGCCUGGCUUGAACCUAUGAUUGAGUCUACAGUGAAAAAGAAACGCAAGUACAAAAUGGACACAGACAGCGAGGAAUACUCUCUCAACUCGAAUCUUAUAUCGUCAGCUCAGCCGAAUAUACUGACGUCGUUCAAAACUCACAAUUCCAAAGAACUGACGAAACACAAGAGCAUGUCUGACUUCGUGAUAUCGUUCAGGAACUCAAACAGCUUCGCGAGUUCUAAAGAGGAUUUAGACGAAUCAGAUUCUGAGGACGACACGCCCACACAGCAGGAUGAGAAUGCAGUCUGCAAUCUAUUAGCUGAAGCCGAGUUCGAGAACUGUUCCCGAGUGAACUUGAAAUGGGCGACCUUAUACAUACAGAUGACUUACUGCCAGCAGACGUUGAAGCAGUGGCUUGAUGACAGGAACCAGCACAUGACCAUGUCCAGAAAAGGCUCUGAGGAUAUGACUCUCCACCACAGUGACUCUGCGGACUCUGCAAACUUAGACUCUCCAGAUCUGCCGUAUCCUGUCGCUUGGACUCAUAUCGACGUCCUCAUAGACUUAUUCACACAGUUGGUGAAGGGGCUGCAUUACAUACACUCGAGAGGGAUCAUACACCAUGAUAUCAAGCCCAGUAAUGUGUUCGUGGCACAGAACGAAGGGGGCCUGUCAGUCCAGCUAGGGGACUUCGGGCUGGCGUGUCCUCUGCAACAGUCGCACAGUGGUCUAGCUUUGGGAACCCAUUUGUACGCUGCACCAGAACAGUUGGAUGGACAGUGUAAUCCCAAGAGCGACAUGUAUAGCCUGGGCAUCAUACUCUUAGAACUCGUGGAGCCCUUCAGCACCGACAUGGAGCGUGUGAAGACUAUCUCCGACCUUCGCAAAGGUCAGAUUCCAGCUCACUUGACUGCCAACUACCCUAAAAUAGCUCAUAUCAUAGGCAAACUAGUCCAACGACGACCAGCCAAGAGACUCGACACUGCCCAACUGUUGGAAGCACUUAAUAACUUGACUGAAAAUAAAGAUGAAACUAUAAAAUCUUUGAAAGAGGAGCUAGCGGCGAAAGAGGAUGAGAUUGCGAAGUUAAAAAUGAUGUUAGCAAAGUUCAAUUACCAGUGAGAUCUGUCCGAAUAGAAGUGGCAAUGUACUAGCGUUAAUGGUGAUCGAUACCUCAAAUGUAUGGUAAUGGCAAGUUAAAGUCACAUGGCUGUUUGAAAAAGAUUGUCAUUCCCAAGCAAUUGAGUGAUUCGAUCGGAAGUAACGAUUGUAACAUUGUCACUUGGCUGAGGAAAGUGCGGAUGAAAUUGACAUACAUGCGAAAUAAGAGCAUUCAGAAAAGAUGUAAGAUUUUUGGAAAGUAUUAGGAAAUCAGUCAAACUUACACUUGGUCUAACUAGAGAGAUAGAUCAGUUAUAAAAAAUAAUGGAUUGUUUUUUGGGAAACUUUGACUUUAAAUUUAUGUUUUUUUUAACUCAUAAUUGUAUUGUUAAGUCUAUUCUCGCUAAUGAGACUGUCGCCAUAUUUUCCUGUCAUCAAAAUUAUUUAUUGGAUUUCUUGAACACUUAUUUCAUUCGCCCUAGCUCCAAUGGCCUGCGAAGUGUACUUAUUUUUAGCGUAUGUAUGUGUGUGAUAUUACAUUAAUAUAGUAUUUUAAUUUGAGA